AUGCCGCAGGCCACCGUUCCACUGCUGGCCAAGAUUUGGUUCCUUGCCGUAGCCCCCGUUGUCAUUUUGGAUGCCAUCUUCGUGCUUACGCGCGCCAAGAGCGUCAACCUGCCGCACCCCCUGGCCGAGGUCGUCCCCUUCAGAUACUGGGCCAUCUACGCCCAGUACGACCGGCGCUACGCUGCGAACGAUGACUCCUUUGUCGUGGUGCAGUCGUGGCUGAACCUGGUGGAGGUGGCGGUGGGGCUCUUUGUGACACUGCUUGCUAUAUGCGAUGCUCAAAACGUCGCCAUCAAACUUGCGAUCGUGGUGUGCCUGAUGACGCUAUACAAGACCGUCUUCUACUGCCUCAUCGAAAUCGCCGAGGGAGGCAAGUACACGCGGCACAACACCGUUCAGGAGAAGCUGACGAUGCUCAUCGCGCCAUUGUCGGUGUGGAUUGUCGUUCCGUCCCUCAUUCUUCGUCAGUGCUUCCGCGCGCUCGCCGUCGCAAGCGUGCCAGGACCCUUCAAACCAAAGGCCGCGGCGUCCCAGCAUCAUCAGCAAAAAUACUUUGGCAACAGCAAUAAUCAGGGCAAGAAGAAGAACUAG